GGGAAGGAAGUUUGUGUAUUAAAUUGGCUUUCGGGCAAAGAGACUGUUGGAGAUUAAUCCCUGCAGUCUUGUAUCUUUAGUUACUCAUUUAGACCUGAUAGAUCAUGGAUACAGUAAAUGAUAUAGAGAGCGGGAUUCAACUGGUCUCUAGUGCCUCAAAUGAUCAUAAUGGCUGGAUUGACAUCUCAUCAUCAUCUCUUGCCAGAACAUGGACUUACGAUGUCUUUCUUAGUUUCAGAGGCGAAGAUACUCGUAGAAAUUUUGUGGCUUAUCUGUUCCAAGCUCUUUGCAACAAAGGCAUCUAUACUUACAAAGAUGAUCAGAGAUUGGAGAAAGGCAAAUCAAUUUCACCCGAACUCUUGCAAGCAAUCCAAGAAUCGUUGUUUUCAGUUAUAAUAUUCUCCAAGGGCUAUGCCUCCUCGACGUGGUGCUUGGAGGAACUUGUAAAGAUCAUGGAAUGUCACCAGAUCAUUGGACAAUUUGUUUUGCCAAUAUUCUACGAUGUCGACCCGUCAGACGUACGCAAGCAGAGGAACAGCUUCGCUGAUGCCUUUGCCAAACACGAGAGAGAUCAGAGCCCAGAGAAGGUGCAGAAGUGGAAGGAAGCUUUGUCUCAAGCAGCUGGCUUAUCGGGCUGGCACUCUUGUAAUUUCUCAGAUGACAAUGAGUUGGUCGAGAAACUUGUUCAAGACCUACACAGUCAGUUGCAUCAUUUUGAAUCACCACCUGGCGAACAUAAUCUAGCAGGAGUAGGAUCUCGUAUGGAGGAAGUCAUUUCGCUGAUGGAUUUGAGAAGUGCCGAAGCCGUCCGCAUAGUAGGAAUCCAUGGGAAGGCUAGAAUAGGCAAGACAACUAUUGCCAGAGCUCUUUUUGACAGAUUAUCUGAUAAAUACGAAGCUGCUUGUUUUCUGGAUGAUGUUGGCCAAAUUUCCAGUAAACACGGAGUGGACUAUUUACAAGAAAUCCUCCUCUCUGAGAUGCUCAAGCUAAGAAAUGUGAAGAUAAGAAGCACAAGCGAGGGGAUGAGUAUGAUGACACGCCGGUUUCGACACCUGAGGUCUCUAAUUGUUCUUGAUGAUGUGGACCACGCAGACCAGUUGAAGGCCUUGGCAGGAAACCGCAAUUGGUUUGGGGGCGGAAGUAGGAUUGUCAUAACAACGAGAGAUGGAGAGUUGCUGCUCAAGUGUGGAGCUGAUAGUACAUAUAAGGUGUGCGGAUUGUCCUAUAAGGAAGCUAAACAGCUCUUCACUGUGCACGCUUUUGGGAGCAGAACUCCUGGAGCUUUCAGACAGCACUUCAUUGGUCCAAUUUGUAGUAUUUGCAGGCUUCCCUCGUCACUUAAAGCCUGGGCUUCUUUGGUCCGUGGUCGAGAUGUAGCUUGGGGGGAGAUUUUCCAACCAAUUGGUUCCGUUUUGUGCGGUUGUCUCCUUGCUACUUUCCUGAUAGGGUUCAUUACUUUUUUCAUAAUAGCCAUCAAAGCGUUCUUUCUUGGAGCUGAUUUUCCCGACUUCAUGGACCCAAGCAAAAGAAAAUAUUCCCCGACUUUUUCUUUCCACCCAUUUCCUAAGAAUCCCUAAGGCACUUGCAGGGAUGGAUCAAAGACUCGGCCGAGUCCGAGACGACUCAGUCGGAGUUUUUCGAUAUGAUAUCGGGACGAGAUGAUUUCGAGAUACUUGACUUGUUGAGAACUCGAUCGAGAAAUCUCCGUCAAGGGUAGAAACGGCCAAGUCACAGGCGACUCGCCGUGAUUUUCUUUUGCUAAUUUUACAGAUUUUUUGCUAAUUUUUUAUUAUUUUUGUUUAGAAUUUUUUUUAUAUUAUUCACAAUUUUUAGUAUAUUAAAUGUUUCAAAAUUUACGUUUCGUCCAAACCGCGAUCGAUAUGUCAAAACCAACGUAGAACGGUUCAGGCCGCAACUACAACUGCGACUGCGACUUUGAACCAUGUCUGAAGGUGCUCCACAGUUUCCACCAUCUUCAAACUGAACUACUGUUUAACUUUUGUUAUAUUUUGUGUUGAUCGUUUUCGAUCGCA